AUGAAUGGUUUGUUCGUUCGUUUGCUUAGCGAAUUUAUUGUCUCACAUAUGAUUCAACGUCUCGUUGAACGACGUAAAACUACACACAAGACGUGUUCACGCGUUCAGAUGACAAAGGUUCGAACACCUGAGGUCGUUAUCGAAUCAUAUGAAUGUGAUGAUUGUUGUGAUUUGCGGUUGGCGAGCGAGCGGCGACGGAGCGCGCACGGAGUUAUGCGAUCAAGAAGUCAAACCGAAAAUAUCUCUCCUUUUUUCGAGGCGCUGUGCUGCGCUCGUCGCCGCCGUCGUCGACGAUCCGUUGUCAACGAAACGAAAGAAAAGCGGCUCGCUCUCUCAAAGUCGCGCUUGCGUAUUUUUGGAGAACGCUCUCUUGACUACGGUACAUACACCAUACAGCAGUCGCAAUCGCUGUCAAGGGCGCCAAGCCCAAUUCGCUCACCAUCGCUCGCCUUCAUCGCCCGCGUUCAUGCGCUUACCAUGCGAUCAACAUGA